CAACAUGGCGUCCGAAAACGACGAGAAUUUGUUGUUGGAAGACAGUUUCUCGGAGCAGUCUGAUGGUGUGUCAGACGAAGAGCUGCAAAAUGCGUUUUUGUCGGGAAAAGUCAAGCCAGGUCUAAAUCGCAUGGUCGAGAAAGUCGAAAAGGUUUUUGUCAAUAAAGUGCCUGAACUCAAUGAAAAACUAAAUGAGAUUAAGUUAGAGUUAGAUUGGUUAGAACGGCUGGAUGUAACAAGUGAUAUUGGAAAAGAUGAUACAAAAAAUGAAAUGGAAAAGACAGAUGUUCAUGAUGACUUCAAAAGAGAAAUGAAAUUCUACAAACAAGCACAAAUGGCAGUAUCAGAAGCUCUACCUAAACUUAAAAAACUUGGUGUUCCAAUUAACCGACCUUCUGAUUACUUUGCUGAAAUGGUAAAAACAGACGACCACAUGCAAAAGGUACGAGAGAAGCUUGUUACAAAGGAGUUGGCUAUGGAAAAGUCUGAGAAAGCAAGGAAGUUGCGAGCAAUGAAGAAAUAUGGUAAAAAGGUCCAACAAGAAGUUUUGAAAAAGAGACAACAGGAAAAGAAGCAAAUGUUAGAGUCAGUGAAGAAGUACAGAAAAGGACAAAAAGGAAAACCAGAAUUUCUACAAGACAAUGAUGAUGAAUUUGAUAUCAAUACAGAUAAAGGAACUAAACGAUCAGCACCAAACAAACCUCAAGAAGGAAAAUCAGCAAAGAGGCAAAGAAAGGAUUCUAAGUAUGGUUUUGGUGGAAAAAAGCGUGCAAAGAAACGAAAUACUGCAGAUAGUGUAGCUGAUGUUAGUGCUUUCAGCUCUGCCAAACACAGCAAAGCACCCAGGGCAAAAACUAAGACAAAAGCAAAACGUGUUGGAAAGGCAAGGAGGCAAAAACUGAAAAGUAAAGGAAGGUGAUGAGAAAAUGGAGAACAUUGACCUGCAGCAUUAAUGCCACGCGAGAUGAAUUGAGAAGCUCUAUAGAACAGCAAGAUUCUACCUACAGUACCUGAUGACCUUUCAUGUGCUGUACUGGAUAUUCAGAUAAUAAAAGAUUAGCAUGUUACCAAUGCUGUACUGUAUGUGAUGAAUCAGCACAAGGAAAUUAGAUUUACAACGAUAUUCUAACGUCUUGGAACCUCAAAACGAUCCGCUUUAAAAUACUUCUCACAGGAAUGCACUUUAAAAUACUUCUCACAGAAAUGCACUGUACAUUAAUGAUGGACAUUCGUAGAUCCCAGUGUUUGCGACAGUUUUAAGAAAAGAACAAUCGAGUAGGAGCUAAUAUAUCAAGGAUAUAACGAGAAAAGCAUGUGUAUUGUAAGCAUGUAAGAAUUUUAAAAAAAAAAACACAGUGUA